AUGGACUCAAGCAGGCAUGGUUUGCAUCCGCUGCAAAAUAGCCUCCUCCACCAAUCACAGAUGGACAUCUACAACUCAAUAACGGGUAUCAGGAUCUCAGCCAUCCCCUACAACUUUAAUAGCUAUGACCAGUUCAAACAGUACAUAUCUGCCUCUUUUGGUAUCGCCCCGGCAGACUUGUUUCUACUCACAGCAUUCGGAAUCAAGCUCAAAUUCUCCAUGAUCAUGAAUGGCGAUGUAAGAGAGGUGUACGUGUUUGACAGGAGGUUUUACGAUGGUCAGCAAAUGGUAGACGAUAAGCUGGACACGGCCUUGGAGUCUCUGAAUCAGUGUGAAAUGCUAAAUAUGAUCAAGCCAAUGAGAAGUCCUCUGGAAAACGCAGAUAUCCUACGGUUUGUGAGUUACUUGAAAGAUAUCACCAAUAGACCUAAUCUAAGUACUGAGGACUUGGAUCUCAACAAACUGCGGUUGGUUCUGAAUUCCCUAAAAAGGAGUUCAGGCUGGGCCGCAGCUCUGUUGAGUGACCUCAAGAAAACUAAUUAUUACAAGAAAGUCAAUGAAGAAGUAUUGUGCGACAAUAAAAAGGAAAUUGAAAUAAUACUGAUCUCACACAAUGCACUCAUACAAUAUACCAAUCUCAUGUUCAAGACCCUAGAAAAAAGUUUCAACGAAAGUGUAGACUCUCUGAUAAUGCUGCAAGAGCAAUCUUUACUUGAAAAUUGGAAGAGCUACUAUCAGAUUUUAAAAGGUGUUCGUUUUAAAGGCAAUUAUGUUCUAAGUGACCUGCUUGAUGAGAAAAUGCUUGAAAAUGUGGCUGCAGAUAGUAAAGCACUCAUGGGCAACGUCAACGAUAAACUGACAAGAUUGAGAUCGAGGAUUGAUUCCGAGAUAAUUUCCAAGCGAGUAAUGAUCAAUGACUUGUACGAAUCGUUGAAGAAAAAAUAUCUGGAUGUUCCUAACUUAAACUCAAACUCACGAACGGAGAAUGAUAGUGACACUCUCAACCGUCUAACGGAGUUGGUAAACCAGGUUGUCAAAGACUCGAAAGAACUUCCCAUACUGGACGAAUUGUUGACCACAUCUGGCGGAAAUUCGACAACUUUGUCAGCAGAAUCAGUAAAGAAAAUAAACGUCCUAGUCUCUGUCUUUGAAACUCACUCUUCCACGAUUAUUCCUCAAAUAACGGAAUUAUCCAACAAACUCUAUGAUGAAAAAGUUGAAGCGCUGAAUUUGAAGCAAGACUUACAGAGAACCCUACUAAGUGACACAAUACAUAAGAUUGUUGGAGUGCAAUUGAGCAUUUUGAAGGCUACCAACCUUAUAAAUAAUGACCUCUCUAAGAACAUCAGCAAUCUUGAUUUCAACGAGUUGAAAAUGUCUAUUGUCAAAGAUCUACCACUUGUAUUUGGUCUGUGGCUCGCUGGUAAUCUAAAGAAAUUAAAAUGGCUGGAGAACUUUAACAAAGUAGCAUUCAAGGCUAAUGAAAUCUUGGAAAUGCUCAAAUUUAUUGAGUCAAAUUAUCGUUCCAAAUGGAUUGACGGGUUCAGCAAGACUAAUCCAUGUGUUAAUUCAAAUCAAGGACAGCGCAUAUUAGCAUUACAGAUAAAUGAAGAUUUGAAGCAACAAUUCGUUCGUGACCAUCUAGCUUCCUCCCGCAUUGUACUAAAAACUGGCUCCAAUGUACCAACUCCAGGCGGCUCAAAGGGAAACAGUAGAGCUCCAACUCCAGAGCAUGAUCCUCAUCCACCACAUUUGAAUGCUAUCAACAAGCUAUUGCACAAUUUCAACAAGGAUUACAAUUUUGGUAAUUUGAGACAAGCAAGUGAGGAGGUUGUCAGAACACAUUCACCUGCAACGAAGAGGGAUGAUAGAUUUGGUAACCAAUUUUGGUUGACUCUUAUUGACAACAUAACAACAGAAGACUUUUAUCACUACAUAGAUUCCUUGAAGGAAAACAAAGUGAAUAUCAAGGUUAUCAAACAGCUAGAGAAAAAUCUCACUGACCUUGGUUUGGGAAGGAUAUAUGAAACUUCCAAUGAUAAGGUAAUCAGUGCUGGAGGCGGCACUAUAGGGCCUUUAAACAGUCAAGAUACUAGCUACAUGAAUUUAUUGAAAAAGUUUUUGAAAAACUUUGAAAUUAAUGAUGUUACUAUCCAAAUAAACAUUAGUACCUUGGAAACAGAAAACGGAAAUAAUAACGAAAAAGAGAAAGAGCCAUCUUUUUCAAAUCAUGAGUUACUACAAGGUUACCAAAGACGCGUGAAGAAACUUGAAAGUCUUCUCUAUCAACAGAGUUUGCACCAAAGUGGACCUCCUCCUAUCAAUAUGGCUUAUCCUCCGAUAAGGGAUUAUCAGCAGCGGUCCAGUGCAAAUCUGAUGACCAGUGCAACGGCAACUGAAAUGCUUAUGGAUACGCAUGCCAGAAUUCAUGAUACUGACAUGAAACAGAAGCGAGAGAAUGUUGACGAAAUUCAAGUCCUGCAAACUCGAAUCGAACAGCUGCAAGCGAACCUAGAGCAGACUUCUAAAGAAAGAGAUGAUGAAAGAGAGCAGAAGGAAAUUUUGCAUUUAAAGCUCAUGAAGAGGGAUGAAGAAGGUGACGAAGAUGAGAAAAUUAAUGGCUUGGUUGCGGCUAACCACCAACUGCAGAUACGGUUGGAAGCUCUACAGAAACAGAAUCAAGAACUGCAGUCACUUCAAGAAAGAAAUAAUAAUGAGAUACACGCUUCUCAAGAACGGGAGAUUGAAGCUCUCAAGAAGCAAGUAGUCCAACUGACUGAAGAGAAGACACAAAUGUCUGAUGAAAAGGACAGAUUAGAUCUCUCCAAUGAACAUUGGAAGACACAGUAUGAGGAAGCUGCAAUGAUGAAGAAAGAUCUGCUAGAUAACAUGACAGCACAGGAACAAGAAUACAAAAACGAAUUAAACACACAUAUUAAGGAGGUCGAAGACUUGAAGGUGAAGGUUGAGAAUCUCGAAGAUGAAGAGGCCAAUUUGAUUGAAAUCAAAGAGAAUUAUGAAUCUAAACUUGCCCAAAAUGAGUCUCAUUUUGAGGAGCUUGAAUCAAUUAUCAAGUCUCUCUAUGGAAAGUUAAGACUUGUCAUUGAGCGGACAUUCCAGAAUGUCGUCACUGUAUGUCUGAUGUUGGAAGCAAUUGGUCUUUUAAUGAAAAGAGACGAACAAUAUGAGGAGAAUGACCCAUCUAAUGGUAUCAGGAUACAUCGUGUCAAGGGACUGAGAAGUAGAAGGCGAUCAACAACGUCUAAAGCAGCCUCCCCCCUUGGCAACGACGAAAUUCUAGAGCUCUCUUCACAGAUCGUUGCUGAGGCAGACAAACAGCUCGUUUAUUUCCACCAAGAGCCAGUCAAAGAGUUAGAAUCUUUGGAGACAGUACUUGAUUUCAAGUUCAAUCAGGAUUUCGAUAAGUUUACUCGCUUAACCUAUAUGGAUCAAAAGUUACUAGUCGAAAGCGUCACCAAAAGAUUCAAAGAUGUGGAGCAAUUGGCAAGAAAAUUACAGAAAGAGUCCAACUAUUCGAAAACGGAGAUCGAUGGACUGAUAAAAGAAGUAAACACCAGGAUUUCUAUCAAAGAUUUCAAGGUUGGAGACUUGGUCUUGUUCUUACCAACCAGAGAUGACACUAUCAAUAUGAACAUGGCAAAUACUGUUGAAGCAGUCAAUCGUAGAGCAUCUACAGUUGCCUCGUUUGAAACCUAUCAACCUUGGGCGGCUUUCAAUGUCGGUGCACCGCACUAUUUUUUAAUCAACGAUGUCUCUAAGAUUGAUCUCAAUGGACGUGACUGGGUUCUUGCACGGAUUGAAAGCAUGGAGGAGCAUAAGGUGACUAGAGAGGGUCAUAGAAGGAACGUUGGGAACCCUUACAAUCUGAAUCCUGAUGCAGUAUGGUAUGGAGUUAGAGCAAAGGAGGAGACAGUGGGAUGA